AUGGCGAUGUUGACGGAUCACGAACGCCGUAAGCAAAUUAGCGUGCGUGGGAUAGCGCAGGUCGAAAAUGUUGCGAACAUCAAAAAAGCAUUUAACCGCCAUCUGCAUUUCUCCCUCAUUAAGGAUAGAAAUGUGGCAACACCGCGUGACUAUUAUUUUGCUCUGGCAAAAACUGUUCGAGAUCAUUUGGUGAGCAGAUGGAUUCGUACCCAGCAGUACUAUUAUGACAAAGAUCCCAAGGUAUUCACUAUAAUUAGUAAUAUUCUUGUGAAGAACAUGUUCGUGAAUAACCAUCUUCCAGGGCUGAUUUUACUUUUUUUAAAAGUCUGUUUCUGUUGA